UAUCGAACGCCCUCUGCUCCUGCCAAGCGCUAAGUGGAAAACAAGGAGUGAGCAGCGGCUAGGAAAUGUAGUGAAUCGCCUUUUUUAAAUGGAUAUAGAUAUAGACUUGUAACAAUUAGCAAUCUCACCGUGUAUCACGUGACAUAAGAGAAGCGUUGCUGUUUAGGUCUAAACAGGACUUCAAAUCUCGAGGCUGUAAGGGAGAAGGAAGUUUCCUGCGCUCUUGAGUGGCCGAGGAGAGGUGCUGUCUGUGGUCCUGAACUCAGAAAUCUCAGCCAGGAGUUGGCCUUGAAGACAAUUUUAGGACAGAACUAGAGCUUCAGCAGAGGUUGUCCCACCAGCAGCUCCUCUUAGGGCUGAAUAUGGUAACUCUGCACAGAGUUCAUCUGCAAACAUUGCUUCUUUUGUUGUUUGUCGUCCACCUGAGCAGGCCAGUAUGUGUCGAUGUGGAUUCGGAAACAGAAGCAGUGUUGGGAAACUCCAUGAAGCUGACGUGCAUAUCCUGUUUGAAGAGGGAGGAGGUCAAAGUCAAUACAACUGUGAAAUGGUUCUUCACGCCAACAGACCACGAAAACAGCACAUACAGGAAAACUCUCAUUUACCAAUAUCAGGAUGAAGUCCCAGAAAGUGUUGGUGGGCAUUUCAAUGGCCGUCUAGCCUGGAAUGGUAGCAAAGAUCUACAAGAUGUCUCCAUUUUGAUCCUAAAUGUCUCAGAGAGUGACCGUGGUUUCUACGAGUGUAACAUUACUCGUCAGUUUGACUUUAGAGACUUCACCCCUACAACAACGAUACAAAAGAACAUCACACUGACUGUGAAAGAAAAGGCCUCCAAUGACACUGCCGCAAUCUACUCUGAGAUCAUGAUGUAUGUCCUGCUGGUGUUCCUAACCUUAUGGCUGCUGGUGGAAAUGGUCUACUGCUAUAAGAAGAUCUCAAAAUCAGAUGAGCAAGCGCAGGAUGCAGCGACAAAAUACCUAGCCGUUCCCUCUGAGCAGAAAGACAAUCCAGUCGCUCCUGUUACCGAAUAAAAGCGGUUUUCAAUGACACGGUAUUGACCACUCAGGAUGAUGGCACAGACAGCACAGUCCCGUUGGUGCCACCAUGAAGACAUUUCUCUCAGACAGCCAUGUGAAUCCCGCCAGCCGACCUCCCCUGUGUAUCCACUGUGUCUUACAACAAGAAGUGCUAUAUUUUUCUCUUCCUUUUUCCUCUCCUUUAUUGAAGCUCCAGGCCUCUGAUAUUAAGUGCUUUUACUAAUUCAUUAUGUCAAAGAGCAAAAAUGUCCCUCACCUAUUACCUGAUGAAUAUAGCCAUUCUAUACAGUAUACGGACCUGCCGACGUGUAGUUGUACUACCUAUUUCCCAACAGCUAGUGUUUGUGAGUUUUGUACCUCCACAUAUACUGCGAGACCGAAGUAGAGAAUCUGCUGUUUUAAAGCUCUUAUACUGAUUCUGUAGUACUUGCCUAGUUUAUUUUUUUAACCUUUUUAUAGACCUUGUUGUGGUUUUUCAGGUCACAGUUUUGUUUGUAUUGGCCAGAAGUCUUUUUAUAGUGAGUGAAUUGGAAAGCUUUUCUACCUUACGUGUGCCCGUCUUGUCUGCUUUUCAUUGUGCGUCACAUCAUGGAAAUGCACUAAUAGUAUUCUGCAAGAAAAACACUGUUUCUGUUGCGCUCAAUUCAUUUGAAGGUCUUUCCUUCACUCGCUGCCGUAUGAAUCUUUAAUCCACGCUCAGCUCUGAUGUCAAAGCACAUUCAGUAGGUCAAGUGGUACUGCACUUAGUGCUCUUAAAUGUAUUCUUGAAGCUUUGACUGUUGCCGAGCUGCUGAGAUUUGGUAUGUGCCUCCUUCAAUGAUACAAAACUGUAGAAAUAUUACAAACUUAAUUCAAUCAUGUCGCGCCGUUCUCGGCCUGUUUCAGAUGUAAUCAUUCAUCUGUGAGUAAGCAAGUUUUCGAUUAUUAAAUAUACAUUCCACGGUC